AUGAGGUUACUCCUCGUCUCAUUGGCUAUUCUAGUGGUGACAGCACUUGGGCAUACGCUAAAAUCAGCGGAACCAAGGGAGCUAGCCGGCCAACAAUACAUCCGACCCUGUUAUUUUACUAACUGGGCCCAAUAUCGCCAGGGCCGUGGAAAGUACAAGCCUGAGAAUUAUGCCGUUGGAUUGUGCACCCAUAUUCUUUAUGCUUUCGGCUGGAUGAACGAGGAUUUUACCGUCAAGGCCUACGAUCCCUCAGAUCUUCCAUCUGACUGGGGCGGCCCCGGACAGUAUGCCCUUGUCAACCAGCUCAAGAAUAUUGACUCCAAUCUUAAGACCUUGCUAUCGUUUGGAGGAUGGUCAUUUGGUACCCGGCUCUUUGAGGGAAUGUCCAACGACCCUACAAACCGGGCCACUUUCAUCAACUCGGUCAUCCGCUUUGUGCGAAAGUACGACUUUGAUGGUAUUGAUAUCGACUGGGAAUACCCUACAGGGCAUACAUCACAGUAUUCCGCGCUUUUGAAGGAACUGCGAGCUGCUGUUCAAGCGGAAGCUCGUCUUUCCGGGAAGCCAGCUUUGUUGAUGACUGCCGCCGUGGCUGCUGGUGCUUCGAAUAUGGACGCUUAUGACGCGAAGGCUAUGGCUGACCCUCUUGACUUCAUCAACCUGAUGUCGUACGACUUCUGGGGAGCCUGGGAUGGCGAGACGGGGAUGAACUCUCCGCUUUUCACCCGUGACGGGCUUUCUGGCGGGAAGGAAAAGUGGAAUGUGGACUGGGCCGCCAGCGAAUGGGCUCGACGUGGCAUGCCCAAAAAUAAGAUCGUUAUCGGCGUCGGCACAUACGGACGCGGCUGGUCUCUGGCCAACGCGGCCAAUGUUCAGCCCGGAUCCACCGGAAAUCAAGCUGCUCCCGCGCUUCCCUUCUCUGGCCAGGCUGGAAUUGGAUCUUAUUAUGAGCUCUGCGAAUUCCUCGCCAAGGGAGCCACCCGUUACUGGCAUGAUCAGCACCAGGUUCCAUGGUUGAUCUAUCAGAAUCAGUGGUGGAGUUAUGAUGAUGCUCAAUCUGUUAAGGCCAAGACCGACUACAUCAAGAAAAACGGUUUUGGUGGCGCCAUGGUUUGGACCUUGGAUCUGGACGAUUUCAAUGGGCAGUGCACGGGGGCUAACGGCCAGAUUUUCCCACUUAUCGGCCUGAUUGCAAAGGAAUUGGCUGGAAUUGAUAUUCAUGGAAUCAACGGAACAAUGGGACCUGUGCCUACCGUCGGACCAACCCAACCCGGACCUACUGGAGGCCCCAUCCCCACCAAGGGCCCCAACCCGACCGGAGGAGCCUUCACCUGCGCGGGAAAACCCGACGGCUUCUACCAAGAUCCGGCCGACUGUGCGGCAUUCUGGCGUUGUGUCAAUGGUCAGCCCAUCCACUUCCAAUGCCCCGCAGGCACCUAUUGGCAUGAGGACGAGCUUGAUUGCAAUUAUGGAAAACCACCGGGUUGUGUA